GGCGGAUGUUUCUCGGCACUACUUUUUGAUAAGGACGAGCGUGGCUGAAGUCUGAGGCGGCGCGGCGGAUGAAUAUAUCGGAAGUCACACUUCUUGCCUUAAAAGCCGGACCUCACUUCCUUCUCGCCGGCACUCACCGAACCGCUGCUCUCAAACACCGGCGGCUCAACGACCGAGUUUACCCCUUUACAUUUUUUAUUUUAGCACAUUUUCCUCUUCAAGAUGCCCGGGUACGCCGAUAGAGAUCGCGGCAGGGACCGAGACAGAGACCGUGGUUAUGGAGGUGGCCCACCUCGUUUUGGUGGUAGUCGAGGCGGUGGUGGCGGAGGAAAGUUUGGAAACCCCGGCGAUCGUCUCCGGAAAAAACACUGGAACUUGGACGAGUUGCCCAAGUUCGAGAAGAACUUCUACCAGCAGCAUCCAGAUGUUAGCCGCAGGACACCGCAAGAAGUUGACCAGUACAGAAGAACCAAGGUCAUCACAGUGAAGGGGCGAGACUGUCCGAACCCCAUCACCAAGUUCCAUGAAGCUAGCUUCCCCUCUUACGUCAUGGAUGUGAUCAACAAACAAAACUGGACUGAUCCGACACCCAUCCAGGCUCAGGGAUGGCCUCUGGCACUGAGUGGGUUGGAUAUGGUCGGUAUCGCCCAGACCGGAUCUGGCAAAACCCUUUCGUAUCUCCUGCCAGCCAUCGUUCACAUCAACCACCAGCCGUUUUUGGAGCGUGGAGAUGGACCCAUUUGCUUGGUUCUGGCGCCGACCCGUGAGUUGGCCCAGCAGGUGCAACAAGUUGCUGCAGAGUACGGCAGAGCUUCUCGCCUCAAGUCCACCUGCAUCUACGGAGGAGCACCCAAAGGACCCCAAAUCCGCGACCUGGAACGAGGUGUGGAGAUUUGCAUCGCCACUCCGGGUCGGCUUAUUGACUUCCUGGAGGCCGGGAAGACCAAUCUCCGCCGUUGCACCUACCUGGUGCUGGAUGAGGCCGACAGAAUGUUGGACAUGGGCUUCGAGCCUCAGAUCCGGAAGAUUGUGGACCAGAUCAGACCGGACCGUCAGACCCUGAUGUGGAGCGCCACAUGGCCCAAGGAAGUUCAGCAGCUGGCUGAAGACUUCCUGAAAGAGUAUGUUCAAAUCAACGUGGGUGCGCUGCAGCUCAGCGCCAACCACAACAUCCUGCAGAUUGUGGAUGUCUGCAACGAUGCAGAGAAGGAAAACAAGUUGAUCCGUUUGCUGGAGGAGAUUAUGAGCGAGAAGGAGAACAAGACAAUUAUCUUCGUGGAGACCAAGAGACGAUGUGACGACCUCACCAGAAGAAUGCGCCGGGAUGGCUGGCCGGCGAUGGGAAUCCACGGAGACAAGAGCCAGCAGGAGCGAGACUGGGUCCUCCACGAGUUCAAAUUCGGCAAAGCUCCCAUCCUGAUCGCGACAGACGUUGCCUCCAGAGGUUUAGAUGUUGAAGAUGUGAAAUUUGUCAUCAACUUUGACUACCCCAACAACUCUGAGGACUAUAUCCACCGCAUUGGCCGAACGGCUCGUAGCCAGAAGACUGGCACAGCCUAUACGUUCUUCACGCCCAACAACAUGCGGCAGGCAGGCGACCUCAUCUCGGUGCUGCGAGAAGCCAACCAGGCCAUCAACCCCAAGCUCCUCCAAAUGGCUGAAGUCAGAGGAGGGCGUUCAAGGGGCGGUCGCGGUGGUGACUAUGACCGCAGGGACCGCUACUCCUCAGGAAGGCGCGAUUACGGCAACUUCAGGGACCGGGACAACAACAGAGGAUACGACAACGGACCAAGCAAACCCUUCGCCACCGCCCAGAACGGCACCUACAACGGCAACAACGGCGCCAGCUACAAUGGCAACGGACAGUCGUACGCCGCCAACCCUGUCGCCGCUGCCGUCGCCGCUGCUGCUUUCACAGGUCAGAACUACCCAGCUCAGCCGUUCGCCCCGGCGAAUCCCCCCGCACAGAACGGUGCUGCUCAUCCCCAGUUCCCCUUCCCCCAGACACAGGUGGCACAACACGCCGCCCCACCGCUGGUGCCGUACCCCAUGCAGCCUCAGUUCUCUCAGUAAACACUUGAAGAAGUAAUUUAUUGCUUUUUUGACGUUUCAAGUUUGAGUCAAGUUAUUCUAGAUUGUUUUUUUGUAUUCACACCCGAGCUGAGAAUUUCAGCUGGAGUCAAACCUCAUCAGAUCUGCAGUGCAGCGAUAGACACCCCCCCCAACCCCACCACUCCCUCAUUACUAUUUAAUUUGUUACAUUCCUCAGUAAUGUUGAGUUGUUUUGUACUAGUUAAUUACAGAUGUACUGUUUUCCAAAUGUAUCCUUUAACGUGUUCUGCUCUGGACGUGCGCUGCAUGAUCUUUCAAAUAAAA